GUUUUCUCUGAUCCUUUCAUAACCCAUCCAUUUAGACAAUUAGAUUCAAAAUAUUUGCAAGAACAGUUCUACACUGAAAAAUCACAUGAAUUUUUUGGAACCUGAAAGAAGGGUACUUGGCAGAAGGACAAGUCUUAAACACCACAUCUCCAGGCCUUAUUUGACUUUUGCACCUAUUUAUGUGUAUCACAUUCCAUUGCUAAAGUCACUUAAAGUUCUAUUAAAGCAACCAAUAAUCCUAAAAGAGGUUAUGUACAGUCAUUGCAGGACUGAUAAACUUUUAGGAGAUUAUUGCGAUGGAUCCGACUUCAAGAAUCACCCUUUGUUUUCUCAGGACAAGAGAUUUUUGCAGGUGAUGCUGUACUAUGAUGACUUGGAAAUUUGUAACCCUUUAGGGACUAAAGUUAAACUGCAUAAAAUUGGUAUCUUUUACUAUUCUCUUGGCAAUUUGAGCCCUCACCUGCGUUCACAGCUAUCAUCCAUACAACUUUUGGCAAUCGUAAAAACAUCUUCAAUAAACAAAUUUGGUGUUGAUGCUAUUUUAGAACCCUUUAUGAAUGACAUUAAAACUUUAGAAGAAGAAGGCAUUGCUAUUGAAAUGAAUGGACAAGAAGUACUUCUCAGAGGUACAAUAUCUCUUGUUUCAGGUGACAACCUGUCAUCACACUUACUUGGUGGCUUUAAGUCACCCUCUGGUGCCCUCCGGCUGUGCAGACACUGUAUGUCAACUGUUCAUGAAGCACAAGCGAAUUUUGUUGAAGGCUCUUUUGUUUUGCGUACUCGUGAAACUUACCAGUAUCACUGUUCUUUCCUUAGUGGUGCCCUUCGUAAUCACGCAUCUACAACUUAUGGAGUUUUAAGAAACUCUAUUUUAAAUAAUUCAAACUAUUUUCAUGUUGUGGAUGGUCUUGUGCCUGAUAUCAUGCACGAUAUUCUGGAAGGAUGUGCCCCUUACAUGAUGAAAGAGCUGGUCAAAUAUUUAAUAAAUGAAAAUAUUAUCACCCUUGAUGAAUUAAAUGACCAACUCAGUACAUUCCCUUAUUCACCAAUUGAUGCUCGAAAUAAACCUACACCAAUUCCACAUACAACAAUUAGAUCAUCUGAUCACUCUAUGAAACAAAAAGCUGCUCAAAUGUGGUGUUUAUGUCGUCUUUUGCCAUUAAUGAUUGGUGAUAGAAUUCCUAAAGAUGAUCUAAGGUGGAUAAACUACCUCCGACUGUUAAGUAUCAUGGAUCUACUUUUUGCACCGAAACUAUCACAAGAUGACAUUGCCUACUUAGCUGUCCUCAUAGAAGAUCAUCAUUCAUCAUUUUCUGAACAUUACCCUUCAUGCAACAUUACACCAAAGCUACAUUAUAUGUUACACUACCCUCAAUGGAUUAGCAGGCAAGCCAAAUUGCAAUUUUAA